AAUUUUCGUGCGAUGAAAUAAGGAUAUGUAUGAAGUAGUAGCAAAAGAUCUCUGGAGGUCCACACAUUGUGCUUUACAUUCAGUGGUGCAUAAUGCCCUCCCCUUGCAAACGUGCCCCACUUAGAGAGGAGCUGCUGCUGGAACUGGCAUGCGAGUGGGGCUCAUGUCAGGAGAUGUUUGAAAAGAUGCAGGAGUUCUGUCAGCACAUAGAGAAACAUUAUAAAGCUACUGUAGAAAGUGAGAGCUCGGAUUUACCAGAAGAGGAGCAUAACUGCUGUGGCUUCUGCUCAGUGGAAGGUGAUGGGGAGCUGCUUAGACACAUGUUCUUCCAUUGUUACCACACCAAGUUGAAGCAGUGGGGAGUUGCUAUACUCAAGGGUCACAGCGACAUGGGCACCUGCUCGGUCGGUGUCCAUACCUGCAACAUCUUGCCUGAGGUCCAAGAGAACUUCCUCUGUCUUUGGGAGCACUGUGAGAUGUCUAUGGGUAAUCCAGAGUGGUUCUUCAGACAUGUGGAGAUGCAUGCCCACUGUCUUGAGGCCAAAGAAGAGAGUGUGUUGUUUUGUGGCUGGAAAGAUUGUGAGGAAUCUUUCAAGGGCAGGUUUAAGUUGCGAGAGCACAUGUGUAGUCACGCGCAGGAAAAGCUGGUGGCAUGUCCGACCUGCGGAGGAAUGUUUGCCAACAACACAAAGUUCUUCGACCACAUUCGACGACAGACCUCCAUAGAAGGUCAAAGGUUUCAAUGUUCUCACUGCUCAAAACAUUUUGCCACAGAGAGGCUACUGAGAGACCACAUGAGGAACCAUGUCAACCAUUAUAAAUGUCCACUGUGUGAUAUGACCUGUCCAUCACCUUCCUCACUGAGAAACCACAUCAAGUUUCGACAUUCCAAUGAGAAGCCCUACAGCUGUGACUACUGCGAGUACAACUGUAAAAACCUGAUAGACUUGCGGAAGCAUUUAGACACACACAGCAGUGAGCCAGCUUAUCGAUGUGACUUCUCUGACUGUAACUACUCCACACGCUCCCUUUACUCAAUCAAGAACCACUACAAAUGCAUUCAUGAGGGAGAUUACACCCCUCGCUAUAAGUGUCACGUGUGUGAGCAGUGCUUCACCCGGGGAAACAAUCUCACUGCCCACCUACGCAAGAAACAUCAGUUCAAAUGGCCCUCAGGACACCCCAGAUUUAGAUAUAAAGAACAUGAAGACGGGUUCAUGCGACUGCAGCUGAUCCGUUAUGAGAGUGUGGAGCUGACAGAGCAGCUGAUGCGGGAGAAGCAGGGGGAGGGGGACAGUAGUGAGUCCACCCCACAGGACAUCCAGCCAGGUGAAGAACUGGAGGAAGUGGAGCCCAUCGCCACCAUGUGUGGAAAGGCAGGGAUGAGAAAGCAGGUUGCAGAGGACUGUAGGACACAGGGAAAUGGAGAAAGUGUGUUCCUGGUAUUGACAGGAACCUCAUCAGAGACAGACUCUACGAGGGAGGAGUCAGUGAUGUGUCAACUGCAAGACACCACUCAAAAGUUGGGCAUGGAGGUGGUCUAACUCCGCCUCUGAUUACUGGAAAUCCCUGAGACCGCUACUGUAUAUCAGUCAAUAAAAAGGGGUUAGGGUAUGCCAAACUCUGUGAUUCACAUUACUAUGAAACUAACAGAUUGAGAUCCAGUUGGCACUGGUGAUGUGAAUGAGUUUGAGCCAUAUAUGUGUUUGUGUGUGUAUUAGAGAGAGAGAGAGAGAGAGAGAGAGAGAGGAAAUGUGUUUAAUCACACUGAACAAUUUAAUCAGCUUUCUUUGACUCUCCUGGUUUAGUCAUAAGCCGCAGUCACACUAGGCUUCGAGGAUGCUAAAUUGUUUUGGACAUCGCAACGGACCAGGAUAUUAUGUCACCCGAGGGCUUCUAGUUUUAAUAAUUAAAUAUCAAAUAAUAAUAUAUUAAAACAACAUGCAUCUUUUAAAAAACGUUUUCUUUGAAUUGAGCCAAGAGGUCAAUGUGUGACUUUUCAAUCUACUGUUCGUCACCAGUUUCAAUCACUCUUCUUGUCGUCCACAUUUGCAGGUCAGAGUUCACCAAACUUGAAAUUUUCUCCACUGCACAGAAGUGUAGUGUGACCACCCCUUUAGUGAAGAGUGGAUAAGUUUCAAACUCAGAGGAUGACUCUUUACAGUGUAUAGUUUUAUGUAGUAAGGCUAUUUGCUCUUGUUUUGAAGUUAAUUUGGAAGGACUCCUGUUUGAUUUAUUUUUCAAAUUGAUACUAGUUUAUGGGUCACUUUAAUCUAACAUGUACUGUACAUUCAGGUUCUGUUCUGCUGAAAGGUUCUUUACUAUGGAAACUUUCUGAUCUAUUCUAUCAAAUUAAAAAGUUGUUUUAAAAUAGAUUUUUGUUUUAAAUUUAGUUUUGGUGUCCAGGAAGAUGUCUCUAAUAGAAGACUUUUGUUGUUUGUCAUUGACUCUUAAACAUUUAAAGGAAUAUUCCGGGUUCAAUACAAUUUAAGCUCAAUCGACUGCAUUUGUGGCAUAAUGUUGAUCACCAUGAAAAUGAAUUUUGACUCGUCACUCUUUUAAAAAAAUAUUGUUUCCCGUGAUGCACUUACAAUAUUGAAUGGGGCCGAUUUUUGAACAUUAAAAUACUAUUUCAAAAGUAUAGCUACAAGACAUAAACAAUAUGCAUUUAAACAUGAUUUUAGUGUGAUAAAAUCACUUACUAACAUUUUAUGUGUAAAGUUAUAGCCAAUUUUACAAAUUCGUUACCAUGACGAUUUAAAGUCAACAAAAGCUAAAAUGACUGUAGAAAUGGCAAUUUAAACAACUUUACAGCUCAAAUAAUACACAAGUUUUAACGGAAGAAUUAUUGAAAGUGCUUUAAUAAAAUUAUUAGCUUUCUGUUUUUAAUUCCUCAAAAAAUUGGCCACAUUCACUUCCAUUGUAUGUGCCUCACUGUAAUCUAAAUUUUUUCUUGUUUGAAAUAAAUUUUUGUGGUAAUCAACAUUAUUCCACAGAUGCUGUCGAUUGAGCUUCACUUGAAUUGAACCUGGAACAUUUCUUUAAUGGAGAAGGAAGAAUUCAAUGCGACCUAACUCACAUGAAUGACCCAAUUCGAUUUGUAUUAAACAAUGGCAGUAAUCUCAGAAUGUUGUAAUCCUCUUUUGUUUUUCUCAAAUUGAAUCAAUUUAAAAACCGGAUAUAUUACAUGUGUUUUUACAAAUUUUUAUAUAAAUAUAUGCCUAUACAAUGUUUAAAUUAAAGCUUGU